GACGUCAGUUCUUCUCGCCGUAAGAGCAGAAAGGCUCAUUUCACCGCCACCUCCGAUGUUCGUCGUAAGAUCAUGAGCGCUCCUUUAUCCAAGGAACUCCGUGAAAAGUACAACGUUCGUUCUAUCCCUGUUCGUAAGGAUGAUGAAGUUAUGGUUGUUCGUGGUACCUACAAGGGCCGUGAAGGUAAGGUCACCCAAGUCUACCGUAAGAAGUGGGUCAUUCACAUUGAUCGUGUCGCUCGUGAGAAGGUUAACGGUGCUACUGCUCCUAUUGGUAUCUCUGCUUCCAAGGUUGUUGUCACCAAGCUUAAGUUGGAUAAGUCUCGUCUUGCUAUCCUCGAACGUAAGGGCAAGAAGGAAGCCAUGAAGCAGGUAAAGAAAGAAACUUUAUUUUAA